UCUGGAACGUCGCAACGUGCACGUGCCUCAUAGAAAUGGUCAGCCAACAAGCAAUUCAGUUCACAGUUGAACAAUUUCAACGUUUUUCAACGUACCACGUCUGUCCAAAGGAGGUAUAAACAAUACUGGAUAGAUCUCAGCUCAACUAAAUGGUGACAGAAGGGGAGAGCGGUAAGGUAAAGUGAGGUAAUGGAUGAUAUAUGGUCAACCGUGAACAUUCCAGAUGCAUCGUUGUCAGAAGAGUUACUGAAAGAUUUUGAAGACAUCCAGUGCAGCGCCCAGACUGUGCAGAAUGUACAUUUCGCCAGUCAGUCCAGAAACUCCAGUCCCAUCUCUGACAAAAAGUGUUUAUCCUCUGAUGAAGAGACACAAAAUGAUAAAGACAGACUUGACAAAAUUACUUUAGUGCUUGCUGCUCUCCAAAUAGAGAACACUAAACUUUGGUCGAAACUGGAGGAACUGUAUGGUGAGAUUGAUACGCUUCACAGUGAAAAUAAAAAACUCCAGGAUGAGGUUAAAAGCCAGUGGGAAGCAUUCCAUGAUACACUGGGAUUGUCUAGUCCUGCACCAAUCAAGAAAAUUAUUGGCCACAGAGGCAUUGAUGUAACAGGAGAGACCACCUAUAAAAAGACCACAGCCUCUGCCCUUGAGGGCGCUAUCCACCUGGGCAUUGCCUACACAGUGCAGGCAGCAAGUCAUAUGAAUCAGAGAGAGGUGCUUGUCCAGGACUUUGAGAUGGUGGAAAGCAUAUUUUUUCCUAGAAAAGGCAGUAAAUGGACUCCACCUCACCACUAUAAAGACUUCAAUUUUACAAUCUACGCACCUUUUGCUUUUUGCUAUUUCAGAGAGAAAUUUGGUAUUCAUUCUGAUUACAAGGAUUCUCUAUGUUGCAAAGCACUGAUAGAGCUAUCAAACUCUGGAGCAAGUGGCUCGUUGUUCUACCUGUCCUCUGAUGACAAAUUCAUCAUUAAAACAGUGCAGUACAAAGAGAAGGAGUUUCUGCAGAGAAUGUUGCCUGGAUACUACAAUACCCUGCUGCGCAACAGGCACACCCUACUGCCCAAGUUCUACGGCCUCUAUUGUGUGCAUAUUGGCGGUAAGAAUAUACACAUCGUGGUGAUGAACAACCUCCUGCCUACCACUGUGCCAAUUCACCUCAAGUAUGAUCUCAAGGGCUCCACCUACAGACGGCAGGCAUCACGGGACGAGUGCGCCAGGCCUGUUCCCACUUACAAGGACCUGGACUUCAUGAGGGACUUACCCGAUGGACUGCUGGUGGAGGCUGGCCAUUAUGAUGUCCUCAGGAGCACCAUCCACGAGGACUGUCUGCUUCUGCACAGCUUUAGAAUCAUGGACUACAGCCUGCUGGUGGCGGUCCACAAAAUACAGCAGGGGAAGGAGGAGUCCUCUCCACUCGUGUCUGAUCACAGCAUUGGAGUCAUCCCAGUGACUACAUGCAAGGGUGAGAAGAUGUUUGUCUUUGCUGGUAUCAUUGAUAUCCUGCAAUCCUACAGGUUUGUGAAGAAGUUGGAGCAUUCUUGGAAAGCAAUAUUUCAGGAUGCUGAUACUGUGUCAGUGCAUCGACCAGGCUUUUAUGCCGACCGCUUUGAGAAGUUCCUCUGGGAUCAUGUCUUCAAGCGGAUUCCAUUGAAGUCUGCCUUCUCUAAGAGCAGCCGAAUAGGUUCCCACCAGGAUCCGUGGCGGUGCCCGAUCAGGAGGUCUAACAUCACCUACCGGCCCAGCUACACCAACCACAGCAGUACUCACAAAACCAGCCCCAGCUACCAGGCCAGCAAGGCAACUGUUGCUCCAAGUGUCAGCUUUGCAUCUCAGUGCAAAAUGACUGACUGAAUAGAUUAUUUUCCAAAUAUAACAAUACCCCAUAUAACAAAUAGCAUGAGGGAGUAAUGUAGGCCUACAUGACAUAAAGCGAAGAUAGACACAGAGCACGCUUUGUUGAUCAUUAUUACAGUUUAUGAAAAUGCACUGAUCUGUUAUCCGAAGUCUUCUUCUUAUUCUUCCCACCAAAUUUCUGUGUCUAA